AUGACGUCGCGCGCGGCGACGAAACUGGCGCGAUUGAACGAACGGUUUCAAUCCUUCUACGGCGAUUUGGAACAAGAAAAGACGCACCGGCGCGCGCUCGAGAGCGAUCGCAUGCACGCGAUCGAGGGAAGGCUGGACGCGCUCGAGGGCGAAUUGAAACGCGCGAGCGAGGCGGAGAAAAAGGCGCGCGCGGAGAGCGCGGGACGGUUGGAACGGAUGCUGCGGGAGACGGAGGCGACGCUGAGCGCGCGGGCGACGGCGGUCGAGGAACGGUUGAGCGCGAGCGUGACGGCGCUGACGACGGCGAUCGAGAGCGUGCACGAGGCGCUGAGCGCGGAGAAAGAACAGAGGACGAUGGAGGUGGAGACGAUGACGACGAGUUUGAGUCGACGGGUGGAGGACUUCGGCGCGGCGUUGGACGACGAACGGUUGGCGAGACUGGAGCGCGAGGCGGAGAUGAUCGCGCGCGUCGGACAGGAGGUGAACGAAUUGCGAACGAAGGUGGAGGCGGAGAGGAACACGCGGGAGAGCGCGGUGGGGAAGUUGGCGUCGGUGGUGGAGGAGGUGCGACACCAGAGCGCCGCGGGCGAAGGCGACUUCCACGCCGUCGUGCUCGAGGAGCUCGGGACUCUGAAACUCGGCCUUCAAAAAGAACGCGCCGAGCGCAUGGAAGAAGAUGAGCUCAUCGUGCAGGCGGUUGGCGAGUACUCGAAGACGAUUCAGAAUGGUUUGCGCAUCGCGAAUCAAUAA